GCUAUUUUUUAAUAUUGGAAGAUUUUAAUGAAGAAAACUCUUCAAUAAAUAGAAGGAGAAUACGCGAUGCGUCGAAUCCAAUGGAAUUGCCCGAUUUAUACUUCCAAACAAAAUACCGACUGACCAAGGAGGUUUUUAUGUACGUCCUUUGUGAAAUAAACCUUAGAGAAGGACUUAGGAGUACAUAUAUACCUCCAAUUUUGAGGCUAGCUGCAACGCUGGAGAUAUUAGCAGGUGGCGGUUACCAGUGGCAAACUGGCGGCGCACACCCAACAGCAAUGGGGCAUAGUACUCUGUCGAAGAUAUUUCGCAGCACAUUAUCGUCGAUGGAAGAAACUCUAUGCAACCAAUGGAUAUCUUUCGAAAAAAACUUCCAGCCGUGCAAAGAGUGGUUCCAUGAAAAAUAUAACUUUCCGGGAAUUGUUGGUGCCGUAGAUGGUACUCAUUUAAUGCUGUUGAGGCCUAUUGAGAACGAGCAUAUAUACUUCAACAGGAAAGGAAAGCAUAGCAUAAACGCGAUGAUUAUAUGUGACCAUAAAUUAAGAAUAAAAGCUAUAUGCCCACAGUACGGAGGAGCUGCGCACGAUUCCUUUGUUUGGAAAGCCUCCAAUGAGAGGAAGAUAAUGGAGCGGCGCUAUAAUAAUGGAGAUACAAGUUCGUGGCUAUUAGGGGAUUCUGGAUACCCUCUUGAGCCAUGGCUUAUGACCCCGUAUCGAUUACGCGAAAAUGAGACCGACGUAGGCAAAUGUAUUUUCAACGACAUUCACAGUAAGGCUAGAAGCAUUGUCGAAAGAAGCAUUGGCGUAUACAAAGGCCGCUGGAGAAUAUUAUCGGACGAUAGAAAGCCAAGGUACAACCCAACAUUGGUUGCAAAAAUUGCAAACGUGUGCGCCGCUCUUCACAAUGUAUGCAUCGAUAGGAAUAUUCCAUAUCAAUUCAGCAACGAAAAUCUAACUCAAAGACAAGAAGGACUGUUAGAAUGUACACCAUUGGACAUAAACAAUCGAUUAUCAGAGAGGAUAAGAAGUAGAAUAAAAGACCAUCUUUCUCAAUCAGCAAUGUAA